AAGGUCCGUAAUCUCACAGCGCACCUUUCAAUAGCCUCGUUUUAAUGUAUUUAUUUAUUUAUUUAUUCAAUUAAAUAUGUGUGAAUCAAAGAAUGCAAUAACAUUUUGAAAUCUAGUCCGUAAAUUAAAUCUUAUUCCAGGAAUUUGUUAACCUAUUUCUUGAGAUUAAACUCGCUCUUUUAGCAAACAUCCAGUUUCCAUGGUAACUUUGGAACUACAAUAAGAAGCGCCGCUUGAUUACGUCAUAGAACAGGUAUGCUGCUGAUAAUACGAGAUGUGGCUGAGCAGAAACGCGACUAGAAAUGAUAAGUAGAGACCACAGAAACAGACGGCAGUUCACAUAGAUAGACUGUAUAUUCAUUGUGUGAGAUACAUACAGUUUAUAGACACUAUCUGUACAGACAAAGAGUCUCACACAGUGUGUAUCAGACACGUCAUGUCCAUGGAAAAGAGAAAUGUGCAGAUGAAGUUUGACAUCUCAAAGAUGAAGUGCUGGGAUUUGAAGGGGUCUGAAGAUAUGACUGAGCCAGCAGGAAGCAGCAGUGGGAAGGAUCAGGGAGGCAUGGACACUUCUACAACCACUGAGAAGACCAGCCCAACAGAAAAUACCAACGUGAGGAAGAGCCACAAAUUCUGUGCAUUCUUCCGAAGAAGAUGGAAAGCUGUGAAAAAAAUCUUCCAGAAAAACAGAGUGGUGCCUAUUGGGAUCUCAGCACAGCCUGUUCCAGAAACAUUGUGUGUCCCAGGUCCAAGCGUUCCUAAACCAGAACUUCAGAUGGAUCUGGUUGAUGCAGAACAAUUGUGUGUCCCAGGUCCAAUCUGUCCUAAAACAGAACACCAAGUGAAAACAGAGCUUUCAAUAUUACAAAUGUAUAUCCCACAAAGCGUGAUCCAACUUCAGGAUCGCCUGGAGCAAUGUACACUGGACUGGACGCCUAUCACUGAGGUCUGGUGCAAUGUCUUCAUUGGAAAUGAGGAGACAGCAAAGGACCGAGCAAAACUGAAAGAGAUGGGUAUUACCCACAUCCUGAACGCUACAGCAAGUGAGGAAGAUCUUCAUGGAAAGAUCAGUUCAAGGGAGGAAUAUUACCGAGGCAUGAACAUCACUUACUACAAUGUGCCUGCAGUGGAUGAAGUCUGGUUUGACAUCAGCGAGUACUUAUUCCCAGCUGCAGAAUUCAUCCACAAGGCCCUAAGUAACCCAGAGGAUAAGGUGUUGGUGCACUGCAUACAUGGUGUCAGCCGCUCCUCCACACUUGUUCUGGCAUACCUGAUGAUCCACCAUAACAUGAUGCUGGAGGAUGCCAUUGACCAUGUCACAGACGUGAGAUGGAUUGGGCCCAACAUGGGCUUUUUGAAUCAGCUGACAGUCCUCAAUUCAGACCUCUUAAUGAAGCGAAAACUACAACUAACAAAGCAGUUAGGCAAAUAUUUAAAAACAAGGUGAAGCCUGUUCCAGAGCCAUCGUGUAGAAAAAUAUGCACUGGACUGCACACCUGUCACUGAGGUCUGGCCCAAUGUCUUCAUAGGAAAUGAAUAAGGUGGUGGUGAACGGCAUAGAUGGUUUCAGAAGAUCUCCCACACUUUUUCUGGCAUAUUUGAUGAUUCACCAUGACAUGAUGGUGGAGGAUGCCAUUGACCGUGUCAUAAAGGUGAGAUGCAUUAGGCCCAACAUGGGGUUCUUGAAGUAACUGAUCAUCCUCAAUUCAGAACUUGUAAGUCAGAGAAAACUACAGUUUAAAACCAGACAGACAUAGAUAAAACACACAGAUAAAUAAGUUACAUGAGCAAAAUAAAAACAAUUAUUCAGCAAUUAUAAAUACUUAAAACCUUUGGACAAAGAACAAUUGUGCUUUUUAUAUCCCAGCUUAGUGCU